AUGGCUCAGUCAUCGCCGCUGUCCAGCAGCAUCAUUGCGCAGCUCGAGAAAUACUCGGCAUGUGACAUCUCGGACGCCCUGCUCAAGCUCAAGGUCCCCGGCGCAGGCUACGUUGCGGACCUCGUGGCAUACAGCCCGCAGCAGGCCAGCCAUGCGGCUGCAUCACCACCAGUCACCGUGGCUCCUGUAUCUACAAAUAUCCCCAAGGACGUCCAUUGGGCUGACUUGGCCGAGCCCGGCAGCUUUGCCGUGCUGAAGCAGCCGGAGGGCCAGACAAACGCCGUCUGCGGUGGCAUCAUGGCCCUGAGGAUGAAGGUUCGCCAGGUAGCGGGCAUCAUCGUUGCCGGGAGAGUGAGAGACCUGGAUGAGUUGAGAAGCACCAAUUUGCCUAUCUGGGGCUACGGCACCUCCACCGUAGGAUCGGGCGGCGGCUGCGUGCCCUGGGCGACUCAGGUGACGGUCCGGGUCAACGGGGUCGACAUCAGCCCCGGCGACGUUGCCUUCAGCGACCCGGGCAACGGUGUCGUGAUUAUUCCCCGGGACAAGGUCGACGACGUCUUGGACUUGCUGCCGGGCCUUGUUGCCGCAGACAUCAAAGUCAAGGAGGACGUUGCUAGGGGCAUGCCUGUUUAUGAAGCGUUCAAACUACACCGGGGCUCGUAG